AUGCUGCGCUACAUCAAGAGGGGACUCCCCAAGUACCGCAUUGGGGUGGGGGCCCCCGUGUACCUGGCUGCGGUACUUGAGUACCUGACCGGUGAGAGGUCACAGGCGUUAGUCCCUCUGUCCCACAGUGAGUGCUGUAACCACGACGACCUCAGUGUGUACUGUAACCACGACGACCUCGGUUUGUACUGUAACCACGACAACAUCAGUGUGUGCUGUAACCACGACGACCUCAGUGUGUACUGUAACCAUGACAACAUCAGUGUGUGCUGUAACCACGACGACCGCAGUGUGUACUCAGACUGUAACCAUGACGACCUCAGUGUGUGCUGUAACCACAACGACCUCAGUGUGUACUGUAACCAUGACGACCUCAGUGUGUACUGUAACCACGACAACCUCAGUGUGUACUGUAACCACGACGACCUCAGUGUGUACUGUAACCAUGACGACCUCAGUGUUUACUGUAACCAUGACAACAUCAGUGUGUGCUGUAACCAUGACGACCUCAGUGUGUGCUGUAACCACGACAACCUCAGUGUGUGCUGUAACCAUGACGACCUCAGUGUGUGCUGUAACCAUGACAACAUCAGUGUGUGCUGUAACCACGACGACCUCAGUGUGUGCUGUAACCAUGACGACCUCAGUGUGUGCUGUAACCACGACGACCUCAGUGUGUGCUGUAACCACGACGACCUCAGUGUGUGCUGUAACCACGACGACCUCAGUGUGUACUGUAACCAAGACGACCUCAGUGUGUACUGUAACCAUGACAACCUCAGUGUGUACUGUAACCACGACAACCUCAGUGUGUACUGUAACCAUGACGACCUCAGUGUGUACUGUAACCAUGACGACCUCAGUGUGUACUGUAACCAUGAUGACCUCAACGACCUCAGUGUGUACUGUAACCAAGACAACCUCAGUGUGUGCUGUAACCAUGACGACCUCAGUGUGUGCUGUAACCAUGACGACCUCAGUGUGUACUGUAACCAUGACGACCUCAGUGUGUGCUGUAACCACGACGACCUCAGUGUGUGCUGUAACCACGACGACCUCAGUGUGUACUGUAACCAAGACGACCUCAGUGUGUACUGUAACCACGACGACCUCAGUGUGUACUGUAACCACGACGACCUCAGUGUGUACUGUAACCACGACAACCUCAGUGUGUACUGUAACCAUGACGACCUCAGUGUGUGCUGUAACCACGACGACCUCACUGAAAUCCUGGAGUUGGCGGGAAACGCAGCACGAGACAAUAAGAAAGGACGUGUCACACCUCGACACAUUCUGCUCGCCAUCGCCAAUGAUGAGGAACUCAACCAGCUCCUCAAAGGCGUGACCAUCGCAGCAGGAGGGGUCCUCCCGAACAUCCAUCCUGAGCUCCUGGCGAAGAAGAGAGGAUCCAAAGGAAAACUGGAGGCUCCGGUGUCUCCUGCCCCCGAGAAGAAGCAGAAGAAGAAACCAGUGACCAGGAAGCUGAGCGGCAAGAAACUGGGCCGACCCAAGAAGCAGAGCGGUGAAGUGAGUAAAGCAGCGUCCGCAGACAGCACCACAGAAGGCGCCAUUGGCGACAGCUUCACGGUCCUAUCCACCAAGAGCCUGUUCCUGGGACAGAAGGUCAGGCCACGCCCCUUAGCAACCACACCGGCCACGCCCGAUAGUAACUACACAUGCCACACCCCUUAA